UACUCUUUCCCUUAGUGGCGUUCUGGAUUUCUGGUGACUGGUGCAGCGUGCCCAUGUGGUUGGCGUCAAGGGAAGGGAAAGAGGCCAUGAAGAGGCUAGUAACCCUGGUGGCUCUGCUUGUGCUUCUGGCAUUAAGCAGUGCUGUUGAAUACGAUGGAGAAGGAAAUGAUGGACAAUGCAAAUAUAAGAGGUCCUUGGAUCCCAGACCGCACAGUGUGUCCAUCUUGGAGUUUGGGGCAGUUGGAGAUGGAAAAACAUUGAACACAGUUGCCUUCCAAAAUGCCAUUUUCUAUCUCAAGUCCUUUGCUGACAAGGGUGGCGCACAGCUUUAUGUUCCAGCAGGCAGGUGGCUAACUGGAAGUUUUAACCUUACUAGCCAUCUCACACUCUUCCUUGAAAGAGAUGCUACCAUUCUUGGAUCUGAGGAUUACACUCACUGGGAUAUAGUAGAUCCUCUCCCAUCUUAUGGUCGAGGGAUUGAAUUUCCAGGAGGGAGAUAUCGUAGCUUGAUUAAUGGGCAAAAUUUAAGUGAUGUGGUGAUAACAGGUGAUAAUGGAAUUAUUGAUGGCCAGGGUUCGGUCUGGUGGAACAAAUUCAUGUUUCAUUCCUUAAAUCACAGCCGACCAACUCUUGUGGAAUUUGUUGGCUCUAAUGAAAUCAUUAUUUCAAAUUUAACCUUCUUAAAUUCUCCUGCUUGGAACAUCCAUCCAGUAUAUUGCAGUAAUGUGCUAGUUCAAAACAUAACUGUUCAUGCUCCAUCAGAAUCUCCUUACACCAGUGGUAUAAUCCCAGAUUCUUCAGAGUAUGUUUGCAUAGAGAACUGCAACAUUAGCAUAGGCUAUGAUGCAAUAGUUCUUAAGAGUGGUUGGGAUGAAUAUGGAAUUGGCUAUGGCCAACCGACCACAAAUGUCCACAUCAAAGGCGUUAACCUCCGGUCCUCCUCCGGCUCCGGCCUGGCUUUCGGGAGUGAGAUGUCUGGAGGCAUCUCCAACAUACUUGUGGAGCAGCUUCAUCUGCAAAACUCAUUUAUUGGAGUUCAUCUCAAGACAAACAGAGGAAGAGGUGGUUAUAUGAAGAACAUCCUUGUCUCAGAUGUUGAAUUGGAGAAUAUUCACUUGGCAAUCAAGGCAACAGGUCAUUAUGGCUCUCACCCAGAUGACAAAUAUGAUUCUAGUGCACUUCCAGUUGUUAGUGACAUCACCUUUAGGAAUAUGGUUGGUGAAAAUAUCACCAUUGCUGGAAAUUUAUCUGGAAUCCAUGAAUCACCUUUCACAUCAAUCUGUCUAUCUAAUAUUACAUUCUCCAUCCAUUCAAAAUCUUCUCCCCCAUGGUUUUGUUCCAAUGUGCUGGGAAUCUCUGAGUUUGUGUCCCCUGAACCAUGUGCAGAACUCCAGGACACAUAUUCAAAUUCUUCCUCAGCUUGCUUUCUUGUCUUACAUCCAUAUACCUAUUCUGCAGUUUUGUGAGAUCAUCAGCUACAACCACAUUUGUUUGUUUGUUUAUUAAUUUGAUCUGUACAUGAAAUACCGGCUUUUUUCAUUCUUAAAUUCAGGAGGACAACUUCCAAUAAAUUUCAACUUAGAAUCUCCCAUAGCUUUGCCAUUUCAAUCAAGCAUUCAAUUCUCAGUCUUCCACUGAUCAGUUUCCCUAUGUGGUGCCACUCUCCUAUCAUUUUCACAUUGUAUUUCUUCUUCAUGUACAAGAAAAUUAAACUUCAGUUAGUGCUAUACAACUCAGAUACCAAUUGCUUUUGAUAUAUCUAAUUGUUUCUCAAUUGAAAAUUUUCAGCUACGAUGUAAUUUUGUAUUGGGUAUUUGCUAUAUAAUUUGGCAGUUGAUGGGAUCAAGGCA